AUGAUGCAGUGGCGCCGAAGCCUCGCGCGAGCCAUGAGCUCGACGACCAAGAAGGAGGUCAAGAUCAACAAGUACUCGGCGAUCCUCACGGAGCACAAGAGCCGCGGCGCAGCGCAGGCCAUGCUGUACGCGACCGGCAUCAAGGAAGGCGACAUCACCAAGCCGCAGGUCGGCAUUGCGAGCAUGUGGUGGGAAGGCAACCCGUGCAACAUGCAUCUGCUGGACCUCGCGAUGGAAAUCAAAAAGGGCGUCCAGGAGCAAGACCUUGUGGGCUUGCGCUUCAACACGAUCGGCGUCAGCGACGUUAUCGCGCAGGGUACGGCCGGUAUGUCGUUCAGUCUGCCGUCGCGCGACCUCAUUGCCGACUCGAUCGAGACGGUCAUGGGCGGCCAGUGGUACGACGCCAACAUCCUCGUGCCCGGCUGCGACAAGAACAUGCCGGGCUGCCUCAUCGCGAUGGCGCGCCACAACCGCCCGUCGCUCAUCGUUUACGGCGGCACCAUCCGCGCUGGCUGCCGCAACGGACAGACCAUCGAUGCUCUCUCGGCCUUCGAAGGCUACGGCGAGUACUUGGCCAACCGUAUCACGGACGACGACCGCAAGGAUAUCAUUCGCAAGGCGUGCCCGGGUCCUGGCGCUUGCGGCGGCAUGUACACGGCCAACACCAUGGCGACGGCGAUCGAAGUGCUCGGCCUCUCGCUCCCGUACUCGUCGAGCUACCCGGCCGAGUCGCCCGAGAAGAUGCAAGAGUGUCGUGAUGCUGGCAAGGCGAUUCGGUACCUCCUCGAGCACGACAUCAAGCCCCGCGACAUUCUUACCCGCAAGGCUUUUGAGAACGCGAUUGCGGUGACGAUGGCCCUCGGUGGCUCGACGAACGCAGUCUUGCACUUGAUUGCGGUCGCCCGCGCGGCCGGCGUGCCGCUGACGAUCGACGACUUUGACGCGAUUGGCGAGCGCACGCCGUACAUUGCGGACCUCAAGCCGAGUGGCAAGUUUGUUAUGGAAGAUUUGCACAACGUUGGCGGCAUCCCCGCGGUGGUCAAGUACCUCCUCGAGAAGGAUCUGCUCCAAGGCGACGCGCUCACCGUCACGGGCAAGACGCUCGCCGAGAACGUCGCGAACCUCCCGAGCCUCUCGGACAACGGCCGCAUCAUCCACGCGGUCGAGACACCCAUCAAGGCCUCGGGCCACAUCCGCGUGCUGCGGGGCAACGUCGCGCCGGAGGGCGCUGUGGCCAAGAUCACGGGCAUGGAAGGUCUCCACUUCAAGGGUAUUUGCAAGGUCUUUGACAACGAAGAAGACAUGCUCAAGGCGCUCGAAGACGGCGAAAUCACCAAGGGCACGGUGAUUGUGAUUCGCUACGAAGGUCCCAAGGGCGGGCCGGGCAUGCCCGAGAUGCUCACAUGCACGUCGGCGCUCUUUGGGGCUGGCCUCGCCAACGAUGUCGCCAUGCUGACGGACGGCCGCUUCUCGGGUGGCUCCCACGGCUUUAUCAUUGGCCACAUUACGCCCGAGGCCCAAGUCGGUGGGCCCAUUGCGCUGCUUCAGAACGGUGACGUGGUCACGAUCGACGCUGUCAGCAACCGCGUCGACGUCGACUUGACGGAGAAGGAGCUCGCGGACCGCGCCAAGGAAUGGCGCGCGCCGCCGCUCAAGGUCAACCGCGGCGUGCUCUACAAGUACAUCCAGAACGUGUCGUCGGCGUCCCAUGGCUGCGUCACGGACGAGUAAGAUGCAUGUAUUAGUAGUAUGUAGUAGCGGCAUAUUGCCAUGGACCGCCUGAGUAUAAUAUGGGUUUGACCGACUUCUCGCACG